GGAACGCAUUGCACGCAGGCUAUAGGGAGCAGCACAACUCGAGGACGUCUUACAUCGAUGGAUCGCAAAUCUACGGAGUGAACGAAGACGCGGUCCGCCUGCUCCGGGCGAUGAAAGAUGGUCUCCUGAGGUCGCAGUCAGUGAACGGCGACACUCUCCUGCCUGCGAGCAUGGAGCCAGCAAUGGACAACUGCAGCCACCACGGGGACAGCGGAAUGUGCUUCCACGCCGGUGACGUCAGAGCGAACCAGAAUGUCGGCCAGGUGACCAUGCACACGAUCUGGAUGCGCGAGCACAACAGGAUCGCGCGGAAGCUGCACGCUGUCAACCCCGACUGGGACGACGAACGGCUCUUCCAGGUCACGAGGCAAGUCGCGCUUUUUCGCUUGAGGAUCGUGCAGGGCCGCCUGCAGCACCUCGUGUUCGGCGGCUGGGCGACGACAGUCCUGGGCGGAGCGCUGACCGCCAGGUACCGCCUGCGCCCGAGGCGCCAGGGCUACACCCGCUACGACCCCGGCGUGGACGCGACCCUGCUCAACGAGUUUGCCGCCGCCGCGCUACGAUUCGGCCACACCACCGUCAACAGGCGGUUUGAGCUACUGCACUCCAACUGGACAGACGCUGGUAACGAGAGGCUGGCGGGGCGCUUUUUCGCCCCAUUCCCCGUUGUGCAAUCUCUCUGGGACAACCUCGCCAGGGGACUAAUGCGACAGCCAAUGAAUGCCUUCAGCAGGCACGGCGACCGCGCGCUGAUCGCGAUGGCGUUGUCUCGGCCGGGUGAUCUGUUUGGCGUCGACUUGUUCGCCACCGACAUCCAGCGCGGGCGGGACAACGGCAUCAGACCUUACGCCGACUACGUGCGGCUCUGUCAUGGCCUGGAGCUCACCACCUUCGAUGACCUUCACCUCAAAGGACUCAUGCCCGAGGACGUAGCCAGGCUAUUUGCGAAGAUUUACGAGGACGUUCGAGACGUGGACCUCUUCUCGGCUGCCAUUAGCGAGUACCCAUUGGCGGAUGCCAGCAUGGGGCCGACCAUGGCGUGCAUCGUCGCGGAUUCCCUGGGCAGGCUCAAGUGGGGCGACCGGUUCUACUACGAGCACGGUGGACAGGCCGGUUCAUUCACGCCUGGUCAGUUACGAACGAUUCGGCAGACAACGCUGGCCAAAAUCGUCUGCGAGAACACCGAAGGGACGGACACCAUUCAGCGCCAUGCCUUCCUUCUCCCCAGCAAAGAGUAUGUUUGA